CCAUCCAUCGGCGCAGAGAGCAGCGGGCCGUGCGUCCCCUCUCGCUCGGGGGCGCGCACGCCGUGCGUCUCGGCGCACUCGGGCUUUAGGCCUUGGCGGCCGGCAACGGAGUACGAAGGGGCCGCCAUGUUCUCCUUGGCACUGCGGGCCCGGACGGCCGGCCUCACCGCCGCGUGGGGAAGACAAAUAAGGAAUUUGCAUAAGACAGCUGUGCAAAAUGGUGCUGGAGGAGCCUUAUUUGUGCACAGAGAUACUCCUGAGAAUAAUCCAGACACUCCAUUUGAUUUCACACCAGAAAACUAUAAGAGGAUAGAGGCAAUUAUAAAAAACUACCCCGAAGGGCAUAAAGCAGCUGCAGUGCUUCCAGUCCUGGACUUAGCCCAAAGGCAGAAUGGGUGGUUGCCCAUCUCUGCUAUGAACAAGGUUGCAGAAGUUUUACAAGUUCCUCCAAUGAGAGUUUAUGAAGUAGCAACUUUCUAUACAAUGUACAACCGAAAGCCAGUGGGGAAGUACCAUAUUCAGGUCUGCACCACCACACCCUGCAUGCUGCGAGACUCUGACAGCAUCCUGGAGGCCAUUCAGAAAAAGCUUGGAAUAAAGGUUGGGGAGACUACACCUGACAAACUUUUCACUCUUAUAGAAGUGGAAUGUUUAGGUGCCUGUGUAAAUGCACCAAUGGUUCAAAUAAAUGACAACUACUAUAAGAUGACUAACUUAAGACUUAUGAAAAAAUCACUUACAUAUAAAUACAGAAAAUAACCCUUGUAUAGCAACCCAGGCUUAAAGGUAACAUUUUGCAACAUUUACUUCAGGUAGUGUUACGUUGUUAUUGUCAUUGUUGUCAGUAUUUGUAGAAAUAAAUUGUAGGUACAGGUUCUGCUUCUUUCAUCUUCAAAGAUAUCCAGAAUCAUUCAUUUAAUGAUAUUUUUUUAUUUAUGUUCUUAAACUUUCUAUGUAUGAACCCAUACUAAUGUUCAUAUUGCUUGUUCUACGAAUAGAACAGUGGUACCUUGGUCAGUGAACUUUAAUCCACAAUUUUGCAAACGAUGUUUGUGUGGGAAAGAUGGUUGUAGUUGUGUUUGUCAACCGAUGUAGUUUGCAAACAAACAGAAUUUUGCCAAAUGCUUCUGUUUGUAAACCAAAUUAUUUGCAAACAAAAUGGUUCAUGAGCCGAGGCACUACUAUAUAUACCUUCCUAAGUAAUGUUAGCUGCAUCUCAUGUGUUUGGUGUUUUUGAUUUUCUUUGACAGACUUAAGUUUUUCAGAUGAGUUCGUAAUAUACAAAUGUGUAGGAUUUUUUAGUUACCACUUGUACAUUGGUUGCUGUGCUAACUAUAUCUUGGUUUUCACUUGUGCUCAUUUGUUAGCUUUUAUCACUUAAGAAUUUGUGCAUGGAAAUCCUUUAGAAGUUCUUAUUGUAAUGAUAGAUUGUUUAACACAUUCCUGCCAGCUUGAACCCCACCAGUGGUACAUGCAUGACUAUCCCAUCAGGUGGCACUAAUAAAGUCAAUAAAAAACCACCUAAUAGGACAGUCAUGCAUGUACCACCUGUGGUUGAAGUUGCCCUGCAGCUGUGACUCGUUUGUGAAUGUGUUAAGGAGUUUGCUUUGCCUGUGUUGCUCCUGGACUUUCUCCUACCACCCCAGAAAGCUUAUCUCCUUACACUGCAGGCUUUCCUCUCCCCAGGGCUGGAUUUCAAUAGUGUCCUUUGAGGGACAGUUUAUUUGAAGUUUACCUUCACAUUGAGGGCUUAGCUUUGGGGGAUCUAAAGCUAGAUGGUCUUGGUAGACACUUUUGGGCUGGGUUUGCGUUUUGUCCUUUGUCACUGUAGGCUUUUAAACCCUGAAGCCAAGUUUGCUCGGUGUUCUACUUGUCCCCCUGAUUUUCAUUGGGUUUUGGACUCUAGAUAAUUAUUUCUCAGUUUAAAUGGGAAUUAGUCCAGGCUUUAUAUGAAGUAUAAGUCUAAGUACAGUAACCUACAAGUAGACAGUCUGAGAGAAAAAGAGAUUCUUUCAGUUGGUAGUAGUUAACAUCUUUAGGUUAAGGAAUCUCCUUAUAAAUUAGUGUAACUUCUGGUGCUAAUUACUGGUUGUACUUAAAGAAUGUAGUAGCUAAUGAACUUGUUCCUUUACACAUUUCUACUUUAUUUUCUCAUCUAAUCCUCUAAACAGGUUCAAGUAGGUUUACGACUCCGAUGCAGACGUUUCACAUUAAACGCACUCUGAUUCUUCUUCAGCUGUAGCUCUUGUCAAUUUAUAUUGAGUGGUAUGCCCUACAUAGUGGAGUUACUCAGUUUUUCUGUUUUGGCAACUAUGUUAGGAAUUGAGAGAAAGACAAUAAACUAACUGGUAUAGAGCAUUUACACAGAUUCACGUAUUCCACUUGAUCUAAAGGCCAAGAAGUGAUGCACAGAAUUCAGUAGUAGGAGGGGCUGGGGAUUUAGCUCAGUGGCAUAAGCGCCCGCCUUGUAAGCAGGCAGUCGGGAGUUCGAUCCCUGGUACCGAUAAAAAGGAAAAAGCCAAAAAAAAAAAAAAAAAAAAAAAAAGAAUUCAGUAGUAGGAAAUAAUUUCAGUGACUGCUAUAAAUUUUUUUAGGAGGAUCUGACACCUAAGGAUAUUGAAGAAAUUAUUGAUGAGCUGAAAGCUGGGAAAAUUCCAAAA